AUGAAGUUCGGAACCAUUCCGAUCGCAGCUCCGCUGCUCCUCUUCUUAACAUCUAAAACCCUUGUAGAAGCGUCGCACAUUAUCGGAAGCUACCCCAUCUCAGAGCCAGCUCCCGCUGCCUCUACUGCUACUGCUGAUAAUAUUGGCAAUGGAGGUAACAAGACUGAUAUCUCCAUUCAUUUUCCGCGUCGUUUAAUUUCGCGUGCGUACCCCCCUCCCCUCGAGGAUCUUCUCCUCCCCCCAAUUUCCCCUUCCCGCACCACCCCGCUCUCCGUCUCGGAGGCGUCGGUGAUCUGCCAGAAUCAGUUCUUCGGCCUCAACCCCGAGAACUGGAUCAUGUCUGGUGCGACCGAUUUCCUCGAGACAUACACUGCAGCCACGAAAGGUGAUUUCCUCAGGCAGUCGCAUGGUCUCUUGGGCUCUAUGGCGUAUCGUUAUCUCGGUGAAGAGGGCUGGAGUUGCAGCGUCGAAAACACUCAGGGCUGUACGGUCUCUUGCAAGGAGAUCGUUAUGGCGAUCGAGGACAUUGAGGAGGCGAGGAACGUCUAUUUUGUCCUCAGCUCUGUCGCUCAUUUCACUGCUGUUACUGAUCUUAUCCAUUCCGGACUUUCUCACGCCCAGAGCAAUGUCGGCAUGAUGGCUCCCAAAAUGGCCUUCGACUUCUUCUGGGCCAAGCGUCACACCCACGCCGAUGACGUGAAGCUGAUGCUCCACCUCGUCAUCACCGGCAUGGGCCAGCUCAUGGAGCUUCUCACGCCCUUCGUGCCCUUCGUGCAAGUGAUCGAGAACCUGCACAAGCAGCUCGAGAACUUCGACACCGACAUGGCGCGCCGCGUCGAGAUGGAACACAUCUCGUGGCUCUUCCUCCGCACGGCCGUCAUGUUCGAUACCAUCUACGCCCACGAGUGGCCCGGGAGCCUUAAGGGGGUGCUCGAAGCGCAGCAGCAGAUUGGGUUCUAUGCCCACAUAACCGGCAUGCGCGGGAGCCGCGAGAAUGAGUAUUUCGGGCGGAAAUACAAUUGGGAUGAUACUUAUUGGUGGCUGUAUAAAGGUAAGGAGCGCGAGACGGAGAGGCAGCCUGAUGGGAGUGCCUGGAAGGGUGGUUAUAAUAACAUCUUCGACCGCUUGACCCGCUGUGGAUGGAAGCGCCGUGAAGGGGAGUUGUGUGAAAGGGAGGGUGGACCGGCCCACCCUCCAUCUCAUAAUGAGUACACAUGGAAGGGUAUCUAUCAAGAGGAGAAUGAUAGGAUCAAGGCAAUGAGGGAGUUUAAGGAAGAGGCGGGUAAGAAGAUGUGGAAGAUGAAGAAUGACGCGAAGAGGAUUGGUAUCAAGGCUUUUGUAGGAUGGCUGCCGACUGUCCUGCUCGAAAUUAACGAUUGGCUGGCCGCCGAAGAUGAAGCCCCGAGACAGGAUAUAAAUUUGGCAUGGUUGUCCCUUAAGAUUCAGGAGAGCACAAGACAAGCGAGGACUCACUUGAGGAGGGCGCACGAUGAAAUGAUGGAUCCUGCUGAGUGUGGUUCUUCAGGUGAAACAAUGCUUUCGCUCGUCCUCUCAACCGGACUUUACUUGCCGUCCAACAGCCAUAUGCUGAAGGAAUUCACCCACCACGACAUUGAAAAUAAAAUCACCAAGAACAUUUUCCACAAAGCCUUGAACUCCGCAUUGAAGGCUCAAAAGGUCUAUAUCACCUGUACCGCCGACCUCCAAAGCCGCAAGAAGCCACACCACAACUCCGGAGAUUCCACUAGUAGCUGCAGCAAAGACAAUACAGGUCCCGCAGACCUCAAGUCCUGCAUUACUCUAACCUCAGAGCAGAGCCGUGCCCGAGGACUUGGAGAUGAACCCGUAGAGCUUGUUUGCUACAUGUACAAAUGGGCCACCCGUGGUGACAAGACCAGACACUACAAUGAGAGGCCUGCCGGAAGUGAUAACUGGGAAGAUGAUUGGGGCGUCAUGCCCAAGGACGUCAUAACCUCCUCAGUUCUCAGCCACCUCGGCCAACUAGACGACUCCUCCAUUCUCGUCAGCGUCGACAAGCGCCCCUCCGCCGAGACCAUCGCAGACCCCUCCGCCUCUGGCGUGUUCACCAUCCCCGUUUGCAUCUCGCGCCACAACUGGAACAACGGCCUCCGUGACUUUGGUCACUUUGACAAACUCAGCUCGCACACAUCCAAAAAGAACCUCCCCUGCUCCUGUGGCUUUUGGGGUGACGAGACGGAGCAGGUUUGGCGCUCCAUGGGUAUUUGGGACACACAUCGGUCGUACUAUCGCACGGAUCUCUGCGCGAACCAGAGGAAGAAGCACAUGCGUGAUCCGCUGGAGAUCUAUGUCAAUGACUGCCACCUUGAAUGCAAAAAGGGUGCCUUCAAGCCCAAGCUCGGAAAAGACGGACUAUGUGACGUCGUCUUGAAUGUCCUUGAUGAGCUCCGCAAGAGGGGCUAUGAGGAGGACUUGGACCCCGAGAUCAGGGAUUUCAUUUAUUGUCGUAUCAACAACGACAAGAAGUGCAAGAAGCUGAGGCUGAAGCUCAACGAGCCGUUUGAUACCAUAUUUGACCAGCUCAGCGAUAAACCCUAUGCCAAGGAGACUCCGGUGCCGGACUCAGUCGUGCAUGCUGAUGAGGCAGUGAACAUCGCCGAUGGUCUCUACGGGAUGAGUUUGAAGCUGGCAUUGACGGCUGAGCAUGAGGAUAGAAUGGUGAAAUACAAUAAGGGAACAGACGAGAAGAACGAAGCAGUCGCAGAAAAGACUUUUGUACAUGGGGCAACAAGGAAAAUAUAA